UUGGCGUCUUCUUUCUGGAACACAAGACAUAUGUGUCCUCUCCCGUUGAGUAGUUGGAUUGCAACAGAGGGCGCACGCAGACCAUCGGGCUGCGCAUUCUUAGCUUGGGGGACGACUAAUUUUCUGUCCUCCACUUAGCUCCGGGUAAACAGCACCGCCCCGAUGGUCGCUUGUUUUGAAGUGUGGAACGAUCCAUCGCAGAGCGCCGGGCUCGAUUGACACUGUCUGCUGAUCUGCUACUGCGGAUUGCCUCGAAUAACACGGCUGCUCGCUAAUUCCCGUCUACCCGGGGGCUUUCGCCGAAGCACCGAGAGAGUAGACGGUCCCAAAAGAAGCCCACAAGGCAGGCAAAGAACGCCGCGCCGCCUGAGUCCGCACCCCACAAUGGCUUCAGGGGACCUUUACGAGGUGGAGCGGAUCGUGGCCAAGAGGCGGAACAAGAAGGGUAAGUGGGAGUACCUGAUCCGGUGGAAAGGUUAUGGAAGCAAGGAAGACACGUGGGAGCCCGAGCACCACCUGCUGCACUGCGAGGAAUUCAUUGACCAGUUCAACAGCCUGAGGCUGCACGCGCACAAACGGCACAAGGUUCCGAAAAGUCGUCGAGAGCUCCUCAUCACCAGCCAGCCGUCGGCGACGGAAAACUCCAGAGCUCGAUCCGAGGCCCGGAAGAAGAAAAGGACUUGUGGCCCGGCCGUCGGAGUGAGAGUAGGAGCUGUUCUAGGCAUCGGAGGUGGAGGGGCAGCACCCGCUCAGAAGCCGAGGAAGGGGGGUGUUGGACCUGGGAGACCUGCUUUAGGGGACAGAAUCAAAGUCAUGACGUAUAAGGCUCCUCCACCGGGAGAGCCGCCCUUUGUUCCUCCAGGGAGGGUUCCUCAUAACGGACUGCAGAACGGGGAGACGGACCCCCUCGUGUACCGGACAGCAGCGAGGUCCCACAGGCUGCCCACUGACCGAGGGGACAGAGAACCAGGAGGCACGGAGACCCCCGGACAGAAGUUCACUGCUGAGCUCGGCUCCCCGUUGGCCAACGGCAAGAUGCAUCUACACAGCUCGGUAAAGCGGAAGAUGGCCGAGGAGAAAGACUACGUGUUCGACAAGCGGCUCCGCUACAACGUGCGACAAAGCGAGAGCAACUGUCGCUUUCGAGACAUCGUGGUGCGGAAGGAGGAAGGCUUCACGCACGUCCUGCUCUCCAGCCAAACGACGGACAACAACGCUCUGACCCCAGAGAUCAUGAAGGAGGUGUGUCGAGCUCUGGGUGACGCAGCUGCUGAUGACAGUAAACUAUUAUUGCUCAGCUCCGUGGGGACGGUGUUCUGCAGCGGCCUGGAGCCCUCGUACCUGAUUGGCCGUCUGUCCACCGAUCGCAGAAAAGAGAGCAGCCGCAUCGCCGACGCCGUACGGGAGUUUGUGUUGGCCUUCAUCCACUUCAAGAAACCCAUCGUGGCAGCAAUAAACGGACCGGCUCUGGGCUUGGGGGCCUCCAUCCUGCCCCUGUGCGAUGUGGUGUGGGCGAGUGAGAGGGCCUGGUUCCAAGCUCCAUGUGCCGCCCUCCAUCUCACCCCCUCCGGGUGCUCCUCUUACACCUUCCCCCAGAUCCUGGGCGUCGCUCUGGCCAACGAGAUGUUGUUCUGCGGGAGAAAACUCACAGCGCAAGAAGCGUGCAGUCGGGGUCUGGUGUCACAGGUCUUCUGGCCGACCACAUUCAACCAGGAAGUGAUGCUGCGUGUGAAGGAAAUGGCGUCAUGCAAUGCAGUGGUUUUGGAAGAAUCCAAAUGCCUGGUGAGGAGUAUCCUCAUGUCGGUCCUGGAGGAAGUGAAUGAGAACGAGUGUCAGAUGCUGAAGCAGCUGUGGUGUUCAACCAAAGGACUGGAGGCCCUCUUCAGCUACCUGCAGAACAAGGCGUGCGAGAAGUGACCGGUCCAUCCAAGUGGCACCAAGAUGACCUGCAGAGGAAUAUCCCGGAUGACAACGGCGUGAGCUCAAAGGAACGGUCGCAUCGAGGGUCUUUUGUUUCUGUCCAUCGGCAAAGGGGAUUCUGUCUGCUGACAUGUCUUCCAACAACAACUUCAUCCUCAUCUUCCUUUUGUUGUCGUCAUCUUGUAUUUCAUAGUGAUUGGAGCCGGAGCUGUCCAGAUGUUUAUUCUCUAGGAGUCUAAGAGCAAAGGGCCAGAUGUGCAUUGCUUAAAUGAGCUCUGACGGGGUUCUUCAGGCGGGAACAGUGUGUUUCAUGUGAGAUGUAAGUGUUUAUGAAAUUAUCAAAAGGUAUGAAAUCAAUGUACGUCUGACGGCAUGUUAUAAUAUAUAUUAAUAUAAAUUAAUUUCAAGUGUGUAAAAAAUAUAUAUAUAACAUUUUGAAAAUAGCCGUUUCUUCACUGGCUUUUUGUUUUGCUCAUUCCAUCCUCCGUACGGACGGAAGACUUACGGCCACAAACACGUCAGUGGGAACACUCAAAGAGAAUGACGUGUUGUUGAAACCGUUAGUCUUUAUUACACAUGGCAGACAUGUUGUCAGUAAAUGUGUUAUCAUUAUCAUAAUCAACAUAAAUUAGCUUCUGUUAUAUGAAACCAUGAUGAAUGCUCGUGUACUAAUGAGGCCGUCUGGCGACUAGUGCAGAAGUGUACACUUAUCAACCAAAACCACAAGAGUUUCAGUCAUUUUAUUUAUACAAAUUAAAUAUAAUUUAGGUGAGGGCUUUUCUUUCAAGGGAGACGCGUUUGGAUGGAAAUGGGAUUGCCAAGUGGAACUGGGGAACACCGAAGGCCUCGUGGGAACGCCGGCACGAAACGUGCAAAUGUGUCCGUUCUUAAUCAAACGGCAUUUCCGGUCGAGAACAAAAUCACUUUAGACGAUUCGAUUCCGGUCUGACCCGUGUGACAUGAGAGGAUCACUAACGGAGCGUGUCUCCUCGAGCGGCCGCACGGGGGCGUUCCACGUGUGUCCAACACGGCUUCUAGACAUCAAAGCAGACGGUCACUGGGGAACGUGUGGUCGUCAUGUUGAUGUUACCUGACUGUUAGUUGUGGUCACUCCAACGUGAUUAUAAGUGCUCCAGUUCUUCACAUGGUGACCACGCGGAUAGUCCGUGUUCGGUGUUGUGCCGUCACGUAGCCGGAGACGACGCUGUGGUGAGUGGAGGUCUCAGAGUGUGUCGACGGCGAUGUGCAUCACAGGAUGUGCAUCACAGGAUGUGCAGGGGCGAUUUUUUUGUAUGCCGAAAAAAACGUAGGUCUGUUCAAAUUGUUUUGUAAAAAUCUGAAGAUAUAUGUCCAUUGUUGCAUUGGUACACAUGCAGAUCACAGAGUAUGAUAUGAUGUUGACUCAUGUGUUACUCAUUGCAUGUAACAUACUGUACAUAUAGGUGUGUUUCCCGCCUGACUACCAGGGUAUGCUUUGUAUAAACAGUGGAAGUAUUGUUAGAAAUGGUGCCGUGUAUUUUUUUAUUUAUUAGAGAUAACUGUCUGGAUGUGCAGUGCCACGCGGCUCUCUUAAUCACCCUUUAUAAAUUAUCUCAAAAAGACUUUGAUGGGCAAAAUGGGUCAGAUAUUUUAUACCUAUAUAAUUUUAAAAACCCAAAUGUGUAAACAUUACACGUCUUGAAUGUUUACCUUUUUCCUUUGACAUUUUUCAGAUAAAGUAUUUUGUUGUAAAUUAUCAAAACCAUGUUUAUUUUAAUGUAUAAUAUUGUAUUUUACUGAGCUUUAGAAGUUGAACAGAUUAAUGAGAUGCUUGUUAUUGUAUUUCAAGUAUAUUGGAUCAUUAAUCAUGAUGUUCUGUCUGUUUUGGGGGGGAUGGUUGCAAUGGUUUGAUUAAGCAUUUAUGACAUUUAAGUCAUCGUUCGCAACUAAAAUGCAAUUUAAAAAAACGGCACACAUUCACUUAAGUUUAUGAAAAAUACAAUAAUGUGUGGUUGUUGCAUUUUAGUGCACUAGAAGUUGUCAUUUAUCCUAAUUUGCAAGAUCAACAAUCAUUUGAAGAACCUAACUGGCAGUUUGGUCACCAAAGACUAGGUUUAAAUAAUCUCUCAGAAGUUGUUGGGGAUUUUUAUUUUUAUUUUUAAUUUCUACAAGAUGGGUGCCUACAUUUGCUUUUUUAACUAUUUCUUUUCUGUUGGUGAAUAACACUUAAUCCCGCCUCCAGCUUGGCUUUAGGAUCCCAGAAGAGGCGAAAAGGACCCGUCUCAGGUCCACUGCGUGUUAACCGCUCAUCCUGUAACACGUGGGUCUUCAUGUAUUUAUCCAUUUUAUUUAGCAUGUACACAUUUUCAAAUUAUUUUCAGUGUGCCGUCUGAGAUAUCGAACGCAUCUGAAUUCAUCUUUACUUGGUAGUUUCUGUUCUACGCAUUGUAUCCAAAUUCCCACCUGAGCAUGUUUGAAGUGUGCUUGAAAUUUGAAGUAAAUAAAUUAUAAGAAAAAAAAUAACUACUUAUAUUUUCUCCAUUAUUUAUUGCAAAUGGCUGUGGUGUUGACAGGUUUGUAUAUGUUGUCUUUUAUGACCACAAUAUUGCGUGUGGUGCUAUGUCUUUCAUCAUUCAUGUUUUUUUCCUCCCACAUUGUCUCACAGCACACCUUGUUGUGCCUUACAGUUUAAGUAUAUGUCAGAGAUUGAUCCCCACGUUGUGAUGGGUAGAGAGCUGCUUCAAUAAAGAAAACGUGCUUUCACCAUU